CUAUAUUUUACCAUGAUUAUUUCAUGAGUCUUACUUGUCUAACCGGUCAGAUGGUGAACACCAGGUCCGGAUCAGGAGUUGAUCAGCCAGCAGUGCAGCGUCAGAGAAGAGGCAACAACCAGCAACCCAACAACAUGAGUGGAGGCAACAACCAGAACAACGGGCCACCGCCACCACCACCAGCAGGGAUGGAGCAGUUCCUUGCUGCGCAGACACAGCUAUUGACUCAAAUGGCCAAUGUCAUGGCCAAUCUACAAGCUCAAGCAAAUCAAGCUCCAGUUCCACAGCCACCACCGAGAGAUCGCCACCGUGACUUCAUGAGUCACAGACCUCCUACUUUCUCCCACUCUCCAGAUCCUCUUCACGCCGAUGACUGGCUCAAGACCAUUGAGAAGAUGCUAAAUAUAGUUCAGUGUACAGACAGGGAGAAGGUACUGUAUGCUUCAGGCAGAUUGGAAGGAACUGCAGCAGACUGGUGGGAUGCUUAUACCGCCGCCCAUGUUGAUCAAAACACCAUCACCUGGGAUGAGUUCAGGACCCAAUUCAGGGAGCACCACAUACCUGAGGGUUUGAUGAAGCUGAAGAGGCAGGAAUUUCUAGCUCUGAAGCAAGGUGGAAUGUCCGUAAGUGAGUAUCGGGACAAGUUCAUCCAGCUGUCCCGCUAUGCCUCCGCAGACGUGGCCACAGAUGGGCAGAAGCAGGAUUACUUCAGGCUAGGGCUGCUUGCACCUAUCAGAUAUCAGUUGUUGGUGCACAGGUUUGAUAGCUUCCAGAAACUGGUGGACAAUGCCAUCGCUGUGGAGAAUGCUCGCAAGGAGAUGGGCGAGCAGAAGCGGAAGUACGAGUCACAAGGCUAGUCUAGCAAUU